AUGAAGGAAGAUGAGAGACUUGAUUCAUCAUCUAAGUCGUCUUCUUCUACUUCUCUACCAGUGAGCUACGGAGUUGAUUAUGAACAAUACGACAUCUCUUCCUCUCCUUCUCUGUCUCAACCGUUUUCUCCUGAAGGUUCAAGCAACAGGAGUCGUGUUCUUGAAAACAAUCUCUCCUCUGCUUUCUCGUUGGACCAUAACAACAGUUUCCUCAUCUUGUCCAGAGAUAGACCAUGUUCUUGUCUCCAACAUGUUUUCUUGCAGAUUCCAGUGGAUUCUGCAGAGAUGUUGUGGCUGCCUUUGUUAGACUUUCUACUACCUCUCUUGCAGUUUAUCUUCGGCUUAAUGUGA